AUGCGAGCACUUUCCCGCCUACCACGGGGUUUCCCCGCAAAUCCCCGCGUACUCCAUCGCCGACCCACACUCCCACAGCCGGAAGUCUGCCAACGCUCGAGGAUCGCGCGGUUGAAUAGCUCAAGUUCGAGCGGCAAUGAUCGUGAAAAAUGUGGGGAUGCUGCAAAACCCGAGCCUUCUGCUGAUUCAUCAAAUCCUUGGACCGCGAGUCGAACGCUCCUUGUCUCUGCCCUGGCCGCCGGAUUCAGCUACGCCUACGCAACCUCAAACAAUAAGCCCCAACUGGAGAGUCUGAAGCAACCUCAGUAUGGGUCCACAGAAGAUCUUAAGAAGGUGGGAGCAUUCACAGAGUUACUCUCCGAUGCCAUUGUCGAAUUAAGAGCCAAGUUGGGCGAUGAGGCUAUUAGCACAGAUGAGGACGACCUUCAGGUACACGGAUUCUCGGAGUGGUCUAGUGUCAACGCGGACCGGUUCCCUGUUGCUAUAGCGUAUCCGAAGAGCACGGAGGACGUCGCGGAGAUUGCCAAAAUUUGUCACAAAUACAAAAUGCCAAUGAUUCCCUAUUCAGGAGGUUCCAGUCUUGAGGCCAAUUUUUCUGCUGUCCAUGGCGGCCUAACGAUUGAUUUUAGCUCAAUGAACAAAAUACUGGAGCUUCAUAAAGACGAUAUGGAUGUGGUCGUCCAACCGUCCAUUCAAUGGAUGGAUUUGAACGAAAAAAUUAAGGACUCUGGCCUCUUCUUUCCUGUUGAUCCCGGCCCUUCAGCGAUGAUCGGCGGAAUGAUUGGAACCAAUUGCAGUGGGACCAAUGCAGUGAGGUAUGGUACAAUGAAAGAUUGGGUCAUUAAUCUUACAGUUGUUCUUGCAGAUGGGCGCAUUGUGAAGACGCGCAGACGUCCGCGCAAGACUUCUGCUGGCUACAACUUGACGGGCAUGUUCGUAGGGUCUGAGGGAACGCUUGGUAUAGUCACCGAGGCGACUCUCAAAUUGACACCGAUCCCAGAGGAAACUCGUGUCGGCGUCGUCACAUUCCCUACAAUGCGCGACGCUGCAUCUACUGCCAUGCUACUGAUACGAAAAGGUAUCCCUGUGCAGUGUAUGGAAAUUUUGGACGAUGUUCAGAUGGACGUUAUUAACCGUGCUGGCGGUACGGGGCGAAGUUGGAAAACGCUACCUUCGUUGUUUUUCAAGUUCUCUGGCACAAGCGCUGGUGUUCUCGACAGUGUUAACUUAACCAGAGACCUGGCAAAAGAAAACCACGCCGAAUCCUUUGAAUUUGCCCGAGAUGAGCGGGAGGCGCACGAUUUAUGGUCGGCACGAAAACAGUCGUUGUGGAGCAUGCUAGCGUUAAAAAAGGAAGGCUCGCAAGUAUGGUCUACUGAUGUCUCAGUGCCGAUUUCAAGACUUCCUGAUAUUAUUGAAACCACGAAAAAGGAAUUGGAUGAUCUUGGGAUUUUCGCCAGUGUCCUCGGCCAUAUCGGUGACGGAAAUUUCCACACAUGUAUUCUCUAUAAUCGCAAGGACCCGGAGGAGACAGAGCGCGUAGAGAAGUUUGUUUAUGACAUGGUGGAUCGUGCUCUUGAGAUGGAGGGCUCUUGCACUGGUGAACAUGGUGUUGGGCUGGGCAAGAAAAGGUCUCUUCAGAAGGAGCUUGGCCCAGAGACCAUUGAUGUUAUGCGCAGCUUCAAAAAAGCUCUAGAUCCGCAUUGGCUCUUGAACCCGGGUAAGAUUUUCGACUUUGAGGAUGAAAGGUGA